AUGAAGUGGUUUCUCUUGCUGGGAGCCGUUCUCGCGGUCUCCGCCGUCGAUCGGGCGAAAUUUCGACGCUGUAUCGAUACGGCUUUUUGCAGACGCCAUCGAGAAGACAAAUCAUUGACAGACUACAAAAUCGUGAGCAACAGUCUCAAGUUCAAUGACACCGCUCUUCAUGCCAUUUUGAAAAAUAAGGAAAACUCUCUAGUUUUGGACAUUGUUGCGUUGAAAGAUUCGACGAUUCGAUUGGUGAUUGAUGAGUUCGAAGGGAAAGAAGCUCGAGUCAGAACGAGGUGGCAACCCUUGGAUGCUUUGGCCAAAGCCGAACCCGAACAGCAAAAAAUCAAAAAGUCCGAGGUCGGCAAAGAAGAGUCGUGGUUUGAGACGGAAGAUGGGCAUAAGGUUGUUGUGCAACAUAAACCCUUCCGAGUUGAUCUAUACGCAAAGGGAACCCUCGUCACAACGAUUAACUCAAGAAAUUGGCUACGCUUUGAGCACUUCAGAAAGGGAAAAAAGACAAAAGAUGGAGACGGAUUUUGGGAGGAAAAAUGGGGAGAUCACAAGGAUAUGAAGCCGCAUGGAUCCUCCUCGGUAAGCGUUGACAUUGCACUUCUCGGCUUCAAAAUGGCCUAUGGUUUACCGGAGCACUCGGAGACUUAUGCUUUGCGAAGUACCAACAACUACGAACCCUACCGCCUCUACAAUUUGGAUGUUUUUGAGUACGAGAUCAACAACCCGAUGGCACUUUAUGGAUCAGUGCCCUAUUUGGCCGCCACGAAUCCGAGAAGAACAUUAGGAGUUUUGUGGCUAAAUCCAUCAGAGACUUGGGUCGAUUACGAUAUCUCGAGAGCCGAUUUGGGAGUUGUUGGGAAAUUGGUUGAAACUGAAGAUGAGAGAGCAGAUCGGAUUCCACAAAUCAAUACUCGUUUCAUCUCGGAAACUGGUCUUAUCGACGUGUUCUUCUUCUUAGGACCUAAGCCUCACGAUCUCUUCAGGCAGUACUCAAAAUUGACCGGAGUCACUCCAGUUCCACCGCAAUUUUCUCUCGGAUAUCACCAAUGCCGAUGGAAUUAUAAAGAUGAGAAAGAUGUUAGAGAGGUUAUUGCCAAAUUCGACGAGAACGAGAUUCCGAUGGAUGUAAUCUGGUUAGACAUCGAACACACCGACGAAAAGCGGUAUUUCACGUGGGACAAGGAGAAAUUCCCCGAGCCAAAGCAAAUGGUAGAAGAUGUGGCGAAAAAGGGCAGAAAAAUGGUGCUCAUCGUCGAUCCGCACAUCAAAAAGGACAAAAACUAUACGAUUUACAAGGAAGCAAGAAAAAAAGGCUUUCUGGUGAAAGAGCUUGGUGGGAAGAAAACUUUCGUUGGCAAUUGCUGGCCCCAGGACUCGGUCUACAUUGAUUUUACGAAUCCGGAGGCGAGAAAAUGGUGGAGUGAAAAGUUUGCGCUUGAUAAGUAUGAGGGGACGACGGAAGACGUUCACAUUUGGAAUGACAUGAAUGAACCAUCGGUUUUCAACGGCCCUGAGAUCACAAUGCCCAAAGAUCUUGUCCAUUACGAUGAUCGAGAGCAUCGCGAGGUGCACAACAUGUACGGAUUCUAUCAGCACGAAGCCACUCACAACGGUUUGAUUCAAAGAUCUGAGCGAAAAUUGCGACCAUUCGUCUUGACGCGAGCUUUCUUUGCCGGAUCGCAACGAACGGCUGCAGUGUGGACGGGCGAUAAUGCGGCUACUUGGGAACACUUGAAGGCAUCAAUUCCGAUGCUUCUCACGCUUUCCACGGCUGGGAUCCCAUUUGUUGGCGCUGAUGUGGGCGGCUUUUUCAAAGACACCGAUCCAGAGUUGCUUGUGAGAUGGGCUCAAGCCGGUGCUUUUCAACCGUUCUUCCGAGCUCACGCCCACACGGACACAAAACGGAGAGAGCCCUAUCUUUUGGAUGAAAAUUUCCGAGCCGCCUACAAAAAAGCCAUUGAGACUAGAUACAAAUUUUUACCCUACAUCUACACGAUUUUCUAUGAGCACUCGAAAAAUGGGAAACCUGUGAUGCGACCGCAUUGGUUAGAGCUCGUCGAAGAUGAAGUCGGAUACGAUGAGGACAGGCAAUGGCUGGUGGGAAAUGCGAUUUUGGUGAAACCAACGCUAGAAGCCGGAGAGACACGCACAUCGGUUUAUUUGCCCGGAAAGAGAGAGAUUUGGUAUGAGUUCGACACGGGUAAAGCCCGUCCAUCACCGGGAGCCAUGCAAAUCGAGACACCAAUCGACAAGAUCGCUGUUUUCCAGAGAGGAGGAACGAUUAUCCCGAUUCGAGAGAUGGACGGACCGAGAGCAUCGUUAGCCGAAACAAAAGCCGAUCCAGUUUCCCUGUAUAUUGGACUGAAUAACAGAGGAGACUCCGCCAACGGAACAAUCUAUUUGGACGACGGGGAAACAUUUGCCUACGAGAAAGGAGAGUUCGCCUUCUGGGGUUUCACUUUCAAGAAAGAACACGAUUAUCUCUUCACAAUUACCAGCAAGAAUUUGGACAAAAAGGGGAAACUCGAAUCGGAGAUUCUCAUCGAUAAGAUCUAUCUUCGUGGAGUGAAAUUCUAUCCACAAACCGCUCACAUUUACCUUGAUGAUUUUGUUCCUGAGGAUCUUCCAUUUGAGCACGAUCGUGAUUCACAACAAAUCGUCAUUUCAAAUGUGGGCGCUUACUUGACAAAGGAAUGGAAAAUCGAUUUGCAUGGA